AUCUGUUCGGCUGUCAUUGUCAAGUGUCAAUGUGUCAUGUUUUGACUUCUCAAGUCAGUGAAGUUGAUCGGUCAGCGAAUUUCAGUGAAUUUUCGGUUCACGUCCGUGAUAAAAACACUUGUUUUUAAUAUCGAACUAUUUCUUGGUGUGCCUGAACUUCCUAAAAGUGCUAUUUAAAUGGAAAAGUGUUAAGACUUUGCAAUUCGGGGGUCCUAGGAUGUGUUUGUGUUAGAUGCAGUAAUGGAGCGCUUUCCUCUGAAGUCUACUGGCCCUAAAAUGGGUACGACAUACCAGUCCGUCUACAAGAAGGGUGCAAACACCAGCAACGGGCGAGGCGCGCAGUCGACGAGUGAAGAUGACAUGGUAGAUAUCACGGCGGGACUCCAGCAGGCCGCCGCUGCUAGUGUCACUACGCCCACCAGCCACGGCACCUUCCAGCUCUACGAGCACGGCGGUAGGAACUCCAACGCCAGCGCCAACUGGGACGCAGUUCUAUUUUCCGGAAUGUCAGGUGACGAUGACAUCCCGGGAAUCGGCCAAUAUGACGACUUCCAUACUAUUGACUGGCAGCGAGAUAUUGCCCGAGAUCGUAUGCGACAUAGAUACAUUGUCAAGAAGAGGCAGGACUCGAUAUGGGAUCUUAUAAAGGCGGGUAUUGGUGCCCACGACGCAUGGUCAGGAUGGGUGUGCGUACUGCUGGUGGGAGUCUGCACGGGCAUAGUGGCUGGAGUCAUCGAUAUCGGUGCAUCUUGGAUGACUGACCUCAAGUUUGGCAUCUGUCCCCAAGCCUUCUGGCUUAACCGAGAACAAUGCUGCUGGUCCGAUACUGAUACCACAUUUGACACUGGAAACUGUUCACAGUGGCUAACUUGGCCCGAAGUGCUUGGUGGACAGCGCCAAGGCCCAGGAGCGUACAUCAUCAGUUACCUAUUCUACAUCGUGUGGGCUCUGGUGUUCGCCGCGCUAUCGGCUUCUCUCGUCAGGAUGUUCGCCCCGUACGCCUGCGGUUCAGGUAUUCCCGAGAUCAAGACCAUACUGAGUGGUUUCAUCAUCCGAGGAUACUUGGGCAAGUGGACACUGAUCAUCAAGGUGGUUGGCCUGAUACUGUCAGUGUCCUCUGGCCUCUCACUCGGUAAAGAGGGGCCAAUGGUGCACAUUGCUAGUUGUCUCGGAAAUAUUCUGUCGUACCUGUUCCCGAAGUACGGGCGUAAUGAAGCGAAGAAGCGUGAGAUCCUGUCGGCGGCUGCAGCGGCUGGCGUGUCCGUCGCCUUCGGAGCGCCCAUCGGAGGAGUGCUGUUCAGCUUAGAAGAGGUGUCCUACUAUUUCCCGUUGAAGACGCUCUGGCGCUCGUUCUUCUGUGCGCUGAUCGCGGCCUUCAUCCUGCGCUCCAUUAAUCCAUUCGGCAACGAGCAUUCUGUGCUCUUCUUCGUGGAAUACAACAAGCCGUGGAUAUUCUUUGAGCUGAUACCGUUCGUCGGUCUCGGUAUUAUCGGGGGCUGCAUAGCGACGAUAUUCAUAAAGGCGAACAUCUUCUGGUGCCGCUACCGCAAGUUCUCGAAGCUGGGCCAGUACCCAGUGACGGAGGUGCUAGUGGUGACGCUGGUCACCGCCAUCAUCGCCUACCCCAACCCGUACACCCGCAUGAACACAAGCGAGCUCAUCUACCUGCUGUUCAACCAAUGCGGCAUCUCUAACUCUGACCCUCUGUGUGAUUACAACCGCAACUUCACUGACGUGAACUCCGCGAUCGAGAAGGCGGCGGCCGGGCCGGGCGUAUACCACGCCAUCUGGCUGCUGGUGCUCGCACUAAUACUGAAGCUCGUCAUGACAAUCUUCACGUUCGGCAUCAAGGUGCCUUGCGGACUGUUCAUACCCAGCCUUGCGCUUGGAGCCAUCGCCGGCCGCAUCGUAGGCAUAGGUGUGGAACAGUUGGCCUACAACUACCCGAAGGUGUGGCUGUUCUCGGGCGAGUGCUCGACGGGCGACGACUGCAUCACGCCGGGCCUGUACGCCAUGGUGGGCGCCGCCGCCGUGCUGGGCGGCGUCACACGGAUGACAGUGUCGCUGGUGGUGAUCAUGUUCGAGCUGACGGGCGGCGUGCGCUACAUCGUGCCGCUGAUGGCGGCCGCCAUGGCGUCCAAGUGGGUGGGCGACGCGCUGGGCCGGCAGGGAAUCUACGACGCGCACAUCGCGUUAAACGGGUACCCCUUCCUCGACAGCAAGGACGAGUUCCAGCACACCUCGCUCGCUGCAGAUGUCAUGCAACCCAAACGCAACGAGACGCUGUCGGUGAUCACCCAGGACUCGAUGACGGUGGAUGAUGUGGAGACUCUGUUGAAGGAAACAGAGCACAAUGGGUACCCAGUGGUCGUGUCCAAGGAGUCACAGUACUUGAGACUAUUCUGUCAUUUCUGUUCAUUGUAUGCUUCAGCGAACGCGCGCCGCACCAUGGAAGGCAUUACAGGACAAACCAUCGUCAUCUUCGCGGGCACGGGCAACCAGCCGCUAUCUCCGCCGCCCUGCCUCAUGCUGAACCGCAUCCUCGACAUGGCCCCCAUCACCGUUACCGACCAGACCCCCAUGGAGACGGUCGUGGACAUGUUCCGCAAGCUUGGCCUGAGGCAGACGUUGGUCACUCACAACGGACGUCUCCUAGGAGUGAUCACCAAGAAAGACGUGCUGCGGCACGUGAAGCAGAUGGACAACGAGGACCCGAACUCAGUCCUGUUCAACUGAGGCCGGGCUCAGCGCGCCACCGCCAGGCGACGCCGACCCUAGCCUGCACUCCACUCCGCGCACUCACAGACACAUCCUCUCCGUCGCGAGCGCCACACUCUCGCCCGCGACCUAGUCCCCGGACUACCGACAACCACCGCAUUGCGAUGAGAAAUGUAUGUGUAUUGUGUGUGGUUCAUGGUCCGCGGCUACUCGCGUGUCGUUCAUCACAGUGGACCGCCGCGCCGUUAGUGUAACUCAUAUGUUAUCGUAUUAGGUAUAGUUAUUACGCAAACAUCGCAUUGGCAACUGUCUGUAUAUUAGCUGUUCUCCGCGCAGAGCUCAUACAUAAGUAGAUUAAUUCACUUUGAGUAAAUAAAUAGCACAGUUAUUACGAAUCUGUCCGCUUUUGUAAGUACAUAAACAAGUAAUCCACUUCCACUAGAGUAUUAAUGAUCGCAUCACUAUUUAUAUUAUAAAGUUGUCACCGACUAGACUUCAAUAGGUUGAUGACAUCAGUAUUUAAGUGUUACUAGCAAACGUUUUAAGUGGAAGCUACUGUAUAUGAUUAAUGAACAAAGUUGUUAGAUAUUAAUAUAUCAAGUAAUUUAUUAUUAUUUCAAAUCAAAUAAUAUUAUCAUGUUUUACGCAAGAUUUAUGUAAAUAUUGUAUCGUAUAUGAAGCAUAAUGUGUAACCGACAUCUCAUUUUAAGUAGUGUUGUAGAAUCGAAUAUAUUGUUUAUAAAAGCUAAGCUAUAUUUGUACAGGUUCACACCGACACACAGUAGAAGGUACGGACGUAGAUAUAGGCCCGACCCGCGCUACUCACUAUACCUAUGCAGUCAAUGUGUAUAUAUUGUACAUAAAUGUUGUCGUAGUCCUGUCUCAACACAAUCGUUAAAUUAGCCGAUAAAUGAGCCCGUCCCUGUGUCGUGUAAUCUUAUAGUAGUUAGAGACAGCAAUAUGCACUCCGCUUAGAUCGACACUUACACUAAUACAUAGCGCACGUUAGCUCGUUUGCUUAUAUUAUGACUAGCAUUGAUACAGGGAUGCGAAUAGUCUUAAGACACGAACUAGAAAACAGCUCAUUACUAUAUUAUACUUCAAGUAUGUUAGAUCAAGUUUGCAAUAUAAUUAACACACUUGUGAUUAUGAAUCAUGGUCUACUAAUUCGCUACGUAGUUAAUAUCUGUCGGGAAUUCUGGGUAUUGAAAGCGAUCUAUAGCAACUAUCUCGUAGUCCUAUAAUGUUUGAAUAUUAUACUGUUUUUAUGUAUUUUUAUAUACAAGGACUGAAAAUUAAAAUGAUUAACUACUAGGUAUUAACAAACAUUGUAUAAUUAACUUUACACGUUUGCGAUGCUCCAGUCGGCGCGCGCAACUUUUUAUAAUAGAUUUUACAAGUAUUGUGUAUUUAUUACAGUGUUAUUAAUGUGCAAUAUUUACAUCAUAACUGCACGUUGGAUCUACAUUUACACAGGGUCGGCGCGGACUCGCAGCCGCAACACUAUUCACUAAGUUUUAUUUGAAAUAAUGUAAUUUUAUUUUACGCAGUUUAUCAACUCGCGACUUGUGUCGACGUCCACUAAUUUAUUGUCUUACAAAGAUUAAGAUAGCGCCCCCUGCUCGUCGCGGGCUCUGCGCCGACCCAAACAUUUUAUAUUGACUACUUUCAAUUGUACAGAAUGAGAUUUUAAAAUAUUAUCUGUCCCUCGCUUGCCACCUUAUCUCGAUGCUCGGGUGGUACCAUUGAAGUGUGUGUUUCAAAUACAUGUAUGUUUAAUAUUUUCUCACUUUUAUUUUAAUUUAACGUUUGUUAUCGCAUUAUUAUAAGUGUUCUGACACUUAUCUAAACAUGGAGGAGAAAUUGAACCUUAACCACAGACACUCUGAAGCCGAUACGGUUAUAUACUAAACUGUCAGUAUUUCGAGGCCAAAAUUGAAGGUUAAAGUUUUAUAAUUUGUUUUCGAUAAUUUUGAUGUGUAUUAGCUAAAAAUGGUGUCAAUUUUUCAAGGAAACAAGUUAUUAUGCUUGUUAUGACCCCAUGUACGAAGAGUAUUGUUUUUCUUUUGUACCUACUACUCAGCGAGCACAGAGUUCUCUGUUUAUAAAGUAAAUUCUGCAAUUUUAAUAUAAUAUUUACAAUACAAAUUAUUCCUCUUUCUAGAUAGGUAAUAUAUUACUAAUACACAAUUUUAUUACAAUCUGAGUGUAUAGUACAGUAGUAUGUGUGGAUCACGCUCAAUGGUGUGCAGCCGACACUGUCCUCCCACGCUGUGAACUACUAACAUUGUAACAUGAGAUUGUGGGGGAGUUUAAUAAUAACAGAGUAUUAAUCCAAAUUACCAUGGACAAAAGCUAGUCCAUGAAUAAAAUGUAUUCAGUUAAUUGAAUUCGUAUUUUUCUUUAAAAUCUCUGAUUCUGAUGCAGCUAAAGACUAUGAUUAGUCCUUGAAAACAGUUUUUAUUGGCAGUCAAAGGCUUAAGCAAAA